AUGGUGCAGCCCCAAGGUAAGGCUAAAGUGCUAACAGCUCCAUAUGUUACAGAGUGGGGGGUGAGGGUAGGGGUAGGAGGGGGGCUGGUAUGGCUCCCCUGCUCCCAGUGCGUGCUGCUCCUUGAAGUACGGAGACGCGUCUCGGUCUUUGUUGCUGUGCAUCCCACCUCACGCCCUCAUUCCCCAUCCCUCUUCUGCUUGCAGUGCAUGCGACGCCCUAGUGCGUGCGACGCCCUGGGGAGGGACGCCUUGCAAUACGAGGGGUCCAUGUUUGACACGUGUGGGGGGCACCCCACGCCUUCUGGCCAGUACCACUACCAUGUGGCGCCCGGAGUCGCCAACCCCUCUGCCAUCUCCGCCUCUCGCACCACCGCCUUCCAGCUCUGCAGGACGCCCCCUCCUCGCACUCCCCUCUCGUGGGCUUCCUGGCGGACGGCAUUCCCCUCUAUGGCACGCGUGGAGCAGGGGGAGAGCUGCCCUCCCACCCAUCUUCCCGUCCCUCUCCCCUUCCCUGCCCAGCACAGUGCCUCCUUCUGGCAGGACGCCCCCGGCCAGCACUCCCCUCUCGUGGGCUUCCUGGCGGACGGCAUUCCGCUCUACGACCCGUGCGGAGCGGGGGGAGCGCUGCCCUCCGGCCUGGACGAAUGCGGGGGGCACGUGGGCGACGGGAGCAGCAGUACGGGCGAGCCAGCGUUCUACCACUACCAUGCCAGCAGCACGGCGCCCUACACCGUGGCGUGCCUCAAGGGCUGCAGCAAUACGACUACUCGUCCCUGGCAGCUGUGCAGGCAGCAUAGCGCCACUCCUGCUGUGCCAGCGUCCCGCAUCACCCACCUACCACCUCCUGCCUCCGGGGCUGCCUGCAUUCCGUCCGCUCCUUACUGA